AUGGCAGAGCCUGGGCCCCUGCCAGCUGGCUUCGGGGAGCUUGAAGUGCUGACUGUGGGCACUGUGCUGCUGGUGGAAGCACUCUCCGGGCUUAGCCUCAAUGGUCUGACCAUCCUCUCUUUCUGCAAGAUCCCAGAGCUUCGGACUCCUGGCCACCUGCUGGUGAUGAGCUUGGCUUUGGCGGACAGUGGGAUCAGCCUGAAUGCACUGGUGGCAGCCAUGUCCAGCCUCCGCCGGUAUAGCCACCUUACUGGUGUCCAGUGUCCCUACAGGCGCUGGCCCUAUGGCUCGGAUGGCUGCCAGGCUCACGGCUUCCAGGGCUUCAUGACGGCGCUGGCCAGCAUCUGCAGCUGCGCAGCCAUUGCCUGGGAACGCUACCACCGCUACUGCACUCGAAGCAGGCUGGCCUGGAGCUCGGCCGGUGCCCUGGUGCUCUUCGUGUGGCUAUCUUCUGCCUUCUGGGCAGCUCUGCCUCUCUUGGGCUGGGGCCACUAUGACUACGAGCCACUGGGAACAUGCUGCACCCUGGACUACUCCAGAGGGGACAGGAAAUCCACCAGCUUCCUCUUCACCAUGGCGUUUUUCAACUUCCUCCUGCCCCUCUUCAUCACACUCACUUCCUACCGGCUCAUGGAGCAGAAACUCAAGAAGAGUGGCCCUCUCCAGGUGAACACCACUCUGCCAGCCAGGACGUUGCUGCUGGGCUGGGGCCCUUACGCGCUUCUGUACCUGUAUGCAGCCUCUGCAGACAUGACCUCCAUCUCCCCCAGACUGCAGAUGGUGCCUGCCCUCAUUGCCAAAGCAGUGCCCAUCAUCAACGCCUGCCACUACACCCUGAGGAGCCAGGUGGUCCCCAGGGGGGUUGGGCAGGGCCUCUCUCCUCAGAGGGGCCAGGACCUCCCCAGAGAGCGGAAUCGAACCCAGUGA